UAUUGCUGAUAUUCAAUGGCCUUCAAAAAUGGCAAGUUUAUAUAGUUCAAACUGAAUAUGUUUAGUAUUAAGUACCGUGUUUAAGAAAUAAUGUGACAAUAAGGGUUCCAAAGCGUCUCAUUCUCCGUUUUACUCCUAUCAUUUCCUGCCUGUUAGGGGUGUGGCAGGUAUUUUUCUAAAAUUUGAGAAUCUUGUGUCUCUCCUACAGCGUUUUUGCAACUUGUGGUUUAAAAAUAGUAUAAACUAGUAUUUUUGUUUUGCUAACUAUCCUAAAGGGCUAGUAUGAAUAAUUAAACGUUUUACAGAGAAGAAUAUAUUGGUAGUUACUUAAUGUUCCUUGAUUAUUUGGGUCAGUGGUUCGCAAACUCUAACAUUCAUAACAAUCACUGGAGAACUUAUUAAAACACAGGUUUCUGAGCCCUAUAUCCAGAGAUUCUGAUUCAGUAGGUCAGGGCUGGAACAUGAAUUUACUUUUCUUACAAAUGCACACAUUACGCUGAUGCCCACGGACAUGGGGUAUAGAUAGAAGAGACUUAUUUGUAAUAAGGCCUUCUUUUUUUUGGUCUUUCAGUAAAUAAAACUCAAGUUGAUGAGGUAUGAGAUAUAUUCCCUUAAGCCAAAACCAUUUCUUAGAAAAGUACUAUAUACAGUAGCUCAAUUGUAAGAUACCUGUAAAUUGGAUUUAUUUUGACUUAGUUGCUAUAGCCCACAAUUUCGGGACAACUAACUGCAAGGAAUUUAUUCACCUGUCCCUUCUUUAGAACUGCACUGUGCUCUGGCUUUCCAGAGGGCAAGGGUCGCCUGGGCCCUGCCGCUGGAGUUCUAGGCCAGGAUCACUUUUUUACUUGCGUUAUCAGAGGCAGAGCGGCCAGCUGGACAAACUCUGCAGGAGGCUCCUGAUAGGGAAACCCGUGGGCGCCAAUCUAGGAGACCAAACCGAUCUGCGGCGGUCGACAAACCCAAUCGCAUCUGCGUGUCUUUUCUCCUUCAGGGUCCCUCCCGGAGCCCAGGGAGCAAAGCGGGGUCGAGAGGGAGCACCUGAAGCAGCGCAACAGGCAGGUCCCGACCCGCCGGAGAUCACGCGGCGAGUCUGUGGCCCAAACCGCCCGCCGCCUCCGAGCAGUCGCCGGAUUGCCGCCCCACAGGGAGCCACUCGGCCCAAGGACUAACCCAGCCCCGGCACUCUAGCUCAGGAGAGGCUCUGCAGGCCGGCAUUCAGGCUGGCGAGCUCGCCCACGCAUCUCAGCCCAAGCAGUGGUCGUCUGGCUUGCGAAGAUGUCGGCCAAGCCCGCUGUCGGCUUCGUGAACGAGGCUUCUCGGCAGAUCCUGGCCGGUGGUUCCGCUGGUCUUGUAGAAAUUUGCCUGAUGCACCCUCUCGAUGUGGUGAAAACCAGGUUCCAGAUUCAGAGAUGUGCAACUGAUCCAAACAGUUACAAAAGCUUAGGAGACAGCUUUCGAAUGAUUUUCCGCACAGAAGGGUUGUUCGGUUUUUACAAGGGAAUUCUGCCACCCAUCUUGGCUGAAACACCAAAAAGAGCAGUGAAGUUUUUCACCUUUGAGCAGUACAAGAAAUUGCUAGGAUAUGUGUCACUGUCACCAGCAUUGACCUUUGCCAUUGCUGGAUUGGGAUCUGGACUAACAGAAGCCAUUGUGGUCAACCCUUUUGAGGUAGUAAAAGUUGGCUUGCAAGCCAAUCGGAACAAAUUUACAGAGCAACCAUCCACCAUGAGUUAUGCAAGACACAUCAUUAAGAAGGAAGGCUUGGGACUCCAGGGCCUAAACAAAGGAUUUACAGCAACUUUGGGACGUCACGGAGUUUUCAACAUGGUUUAUUUCGGCUUCUACUACAAUGUCAAAAACAUUAUUCCUGUCAAUAAGGAUCCAACCUUGGAGUUUCUGAGAAAAUUUGGGGUUGGUCUUCUCUCGGGCACAAUAGCCUCAGUCAUUAACAUCCCUUUUGAUGUUGCCAAAAGUAGGAUUCAAGGGCCUCAGCCAGUUCCUGGAGAGAUCAAGUACAGAACCUGUUUUAAAACAAUGGCCACGGUCUAUCAGGAAGAAGGCAUUUUAGCUUUGUAUAAAGGCCUGCUUCCCAAGAUUAUGAGGCUUGGACCAGGUGGUGCAGUGAUGCUGCUGGUUUAUGAAUACACCUAUUCAUGGCUUCAGGAGAACUGGUGAUUGCCUACAGAGUAUUUUUCCCCCUUGUGAUAAUAGAUAUUCAUUAUACAGCACCAUGAGAAGAAGAGAAUAUCGAUCAGCUGAGCCGAUACAAUGAUAAAUUAUAAUUAUACAAUUAUAUACAAUUAUAGAGGGUAAAACAGUUUGUUCAAGAACAAAACCUAUUUUGAUACUUCAAAAAUUAUCUCUAGACAAUUUGAAACUGUCGUUUUGGUCAUAUCCAUAAAACUGUGAGAAGAAAAAUACUACUAUGAAGCAAUGAGGUAUAUAAACUGAAUAUAGAAAAAUAGCAUGAAAUCAGAUCUAUAUCAUAAAAGCAAUAUAAAUUUUAUGACCUAUGUUCCUCUUACACGGCUUCACAAGGAAAAUUCAUUGUGUUGAUGAUUAUUUUCUCCCAAAAGGUCAAGAAGUGCUAAAAAGUGAAAAAAAAUUAAGCCAAAAUUUAAACAGUUUUUAUAAGGAAUUAAAUUCUUCCAUAAAUAGUGUUUAAUCAUAUACAAGGAAAAUAUUUCUAAAGUGUAUUAAAAUGACCUUUUAAAAUUUUAUGUUAAAAUGUGACUUUGUUGGUUUCUUUUAGUAAUAAUACUCAUCUCAGCUAUAUUUUCCUAAAUCUACUUUAUAUUAUUUGCACUGUUGGUUAAUAUUUUAAAAUCAUGAUAUUUGAAGUCUUUUAUGACAAAUAUAAGACAUGAAAUUAUAUUAAACUACUUUCCCUUUGAAAACAAGUUUUAAUGCUGAAAUAUUUUCAUGCUAAAUCACAAAUUCAAACCACUCCUUGGGCCCGUUUGUGCUAUCUGUAUUUGCAUCAAAUACCUUUGUUCAGAACUCUUACCUAUGCCAUUCUUAAAAAUGAUGUUUAGAAUAAAACUACAUUUCUAGGUUAUUAGUUUUAAGUGACAGUUUCAGGUGUGAAGUCAACUAACUGCAGUGUUAAAAUCUGUAUUAUGAAGGGGAAAAUGUUUCAAAGGAGAAGUACAUUCUUAGCAUUUCCAAAGAUUCCUGUACUAACAUGCACUCCAAAAAUUAUUUCCUUGGCGUUGAUAUAACCAAACUUAACUUUAUAUCCGCAUCCUGAAAUGAUACUACUUCAGUAGCUAGAGGCAACAAAAAUAUCUGCAUGUUCGAGAUGGCACCUGUUCUUAACUACUACAAGGUAUUUCUACCAUAAAGCUGUGUCACUAAAACAUUUCGAAAAUAAAAAAUGAAAGAUAA